CAUCGCCCCUCAUCACCCAUAAUGUCAGAGCAAAGAGACCACACUCCCCAGGGGUACGACCCCUUCGGACGACUGCCAAUAGAGAUGAACGUCAAAAUCAUGUUAUUGCUUGGGAUAGACGAGUUAUUGUCGCUGACCCGAGCUUCGCCCACGAUAUGGCAGCACUUCCGAGCGGAUCACGCCAUCAUCAUAAGAUCUCACCUGCCACGAAUUUACAAUCACUACGGUCAUCCAGCUGCCAUCCCCUUGCUCAUCCUUGUUAUCCGACUCCGAAAGUUGCGGGCAAAACUGAGAGGCAAGCCUACAGCAGAAAUCGAGAACAAACUUGACCCUAUUCUCACCUCUGUUCUCUCCGAAGACUGUAUGGAGGUGCCACCCCAAUGGGAGUCACACCUCCCCAUCUUGGCGGCUGCAACGGGUCUAAUACCAGAACUUUGCAACACAUUCGAAAAGCGGUUGACGUACGGUUGGGAUCGAGGUCUAUCUCUCACUGAAUUGCUCCCCUAUCAUACCUGGGUUUUUGUUGAGUCCUUCUUACGCUACGAGUGCUUUUGCAACAUCUCCUAUGCGCCAGAAGGCUUCUUAUUUCAGACUAUGUUUGACUUUAAAAACAUCUUCUUGAAGCCUUUACUAGUGAAAACAGCCUUCAGUCCGAGCGAAUUGCGUGCUUGGGGCCAAGCUGAACGGAUGGUCAAACCGUGCGACAUCACGUUGAAUGAGUGGCGGCAGUCAUCAAGGAAUAGAUUCAAGUUUAACCCACCAGAGUUCUAUAUUCGGCAAUCCAGCCUGAUCCUUCAGUCUGUCCGGGAAACACUUCUCUCGAAGUCACCUAGAAGGGCGAAGGAUGGCAAGAAGUUGCUUAACAUCCUUAUGAUCCGAGGAGAUAGAUAUCGGGAUUUCCGCUAUCACCUUUGCCUCCAGGGGAAUACUCUUUUUACCGGCCUCGCGAGCCUCAAGCGACCCGUGGAGCUGGAAAGUUACAUUGUAGCAGAACAUUCCUCUUUUCUAGCCUCUCAUCCUGUGCAGGACUCAAUAUAUCCAUCUGACCAAGAGGAUAUAGAAUUUAUCGAGACAAGUUGGGAGUGUGCGUAAUCAGUCUUUGAGAACGGAGAUUAGUUGAGGUAUCCCGCUUAAACAUCAGUCACAUGUUCGGGGUUCGGAAGGAGAUCGAUACGAACUGAAUGAACACAUCACUAACGGCUUCAGACUGCUUGAACCGUCUUUCACAAUCAAUUUGGUAUACAGCACGGGGUGAUGCAGAAUGGUAGCUUGGCCGGCGUUAUCAAAACUCAGGAAGAUCUCACGGUGCCUGUAUUAGCCACAAGUUGUCAAUGAAAGCCAUGGCAUUUAAUCGCUCUUUUGUUGAAUGAUUUAAUGGCGAUUCAUGCAGUCUACUGAAAUAGCCUCGACGGUGCCUGUGCACAGACCCUGAGAUACAAUACUUUAAGUGAAUAACUAUAAUAAAAGACCUACAAAUCAAGCACGAGUCUGUUUGAUGGUAAUUUUCUGUCCACAAG